CGGAACUGAGGCGACUGUCACCUGUUUUGGCCGGACGUUUCAUUCGGCUGCACAGCAUGCCCUUGACUUCCUACGAGAGGUGAUAGCUGUGUGGCUAAAGGAGGCAUUUAGGAGGUCGCUAAAUUCUGGAUUGACGGUGAAAUUUCACGCCAUGGGGUUCAUUCCAGACGAGGGAAGAUCUCUCCCUCCUCCGGGAAUCGUCAACAGGAACUCUGUGUGGCUGGCCGGUAUGGGCUGGUGCUCGGCGAUGCUUCAUAAUGGCAUUAACCACAAGCCGCCGCUGAAGUCAGGUGUUCAUCGACAGUUCCUGCUGGCAACAAUUGGUUGGUUUAUCGGCUACCACAUCACAAAAUAUGAAAAUUAUGUUUAUGCCAAACGUGAUCGAGAUGUGAAAGAGUAUAUGAAACUACAUCCAGAGGAUUUUCCAGUACAGGAAAAGAAGACCUUUGCAGAGAUUGUGGAGCCUUUCCAACCUGUGCGCUGAUGGUCUGCAGCUGGUGAAGACAGAAGAGGGAUGGACAAAGAAAACCUUUGCAGACCACCAUAUGGCUUGAGUGGUUUCUUUGCGAGAUCUUUCUGUCCUUUAUUGUGCAAAAUAUAGUUAUGUAAAUAAAAAAACUACCAAAAUCCAC